AUGGCCGACACUUGUAUCGUCUGUCUAAACGACCUUGGCGGAGACGCCGUGUCUUCUCCCGUCGCCGCCGAAUCUCCGCCAAGACCUGAUAAUGAUAAUGAUGAUGACGCUGGCGCCAACACCACACCAAAGGCCUCGCUGCCACAAAAGAGUAUCAAAAAGGCUGAUGUAGAUGCUGAUGGCUCUACGCGACAGCUAGCUCGUCUGGUGCCGUGUUUGCAUAUGUUUCACAACGAAUGUCUCAAACCAUGGGUAGAAAGGGCAAACAGCUGCCCUGUCUGCAGAGCGAGUUUCAAUGUAGUCGAACUGCUGGACAGUGUUGAUGGCCUCGUCGUCUCCACCUAUGCCGUCCAAGAUAAAGUCCAGGUCGCUGAGAUAGACCCCUUCAUGAUCUUCGAGGAAGAGGUCACAGACGACUCCGACACGCAGCCCUGUCCUUAUUGCGGCGAUAACGACAACGAAGAAGUCUUGUUGUUAUGUGAUGGAUGUGAUGUUCCAUCACAUACCUAUUGUCUAGGGUUGGAUGCGGUGCCUUCUGGCUCAUGGUACUGUGAUGCGUGUGAAAGUCAGCGAGCCAUUAGCGCUGUGUCUGACGCUCCAAGCAGACCUCCUCGCAGUCGCCGCCCAGAACGUCGGACUCGUGCACAACAGCGGAUGCUUCGGAAUCACAAUCAAGCCAAUUCCCUUCAGUGGGCAGCAGUGUGGCAGUCUGUUUACGACAGGCUGAAUUUUGAUCUCGACUUUCCGUUCGAUGACGAACAACAGCCCAGCCGACCUCAUGGACGGGCCACCCCUCGCAGAGGCUCUCAUCGUGCAUGGCAACGUCGUCUGGAGGUAGCAGAACGGCAAGGCGUGGGUCGUGUGUUUAGAGAACCGAGUGCUAUAAUAGACGAAUAUGUACCUCGGCCGUCUCGACCUCGUGUGCCCCGCGCUCCGACUCCACAACCCGAAUCAUUAGAGGAGAUGAGAGCGUGGAACGCUUUUGAACGAGCUCGGGAACUAGAAAAUGAUCCCAGUGCAGCACGAAAGAGAAAAGAACCCACACUCUCGCCGUCUCCCGAACCAACCGAACCCGAAAGGAAACUAAAGCGGCCACGUACCAGACGGACAGAAGAGCUGGCCGCUUUGGCGACGCAGAAUAACGGUGAAGCAUCGCGGUCGGCUGUUCGAUUAAAUACCGACUCCGCUGGAGGACCGAGUUUUCUUCAGUCGUUGCUCAAAGAAGUCGAAGAUGCUUCCAACUCUCCUCGAACUGAUACGAAUGGGCCUCCGACAUAUGUGAAUACGCCUAAUGAGUUCCAUAGCACCUCUGGACCUUCAUCACCAUCAUUAUCCCCUGCAUCCUCGAGCCGGUCGUCUCCCCGGCUAUCAUCAAGAAGUCCCCCACCUCAUUCGCGAAUACGUGCUGUAUCACCAAUACAGUUAUCUCCUAGUAUCGAUUCGCCCUCUUCUCCAUCUCCCGAAUUCUCUCCGACGGUUUCUCCAGCUCAAAGUCCAACCGAUACUUUCGAACUUCGACGCCGUCGUCAUCAUGAUCUUCACCGACAACAUCAAACCGAAGGUAUACGAUCCAACGAUGUCUCCCCAUCACGUCUUAGCCUUUCACUUUCCGCCAAAACAAGUAUACAGAAACUGGUUGGCUCCGAACUCAAACCAUACUAUCGCCGCAAACUCAUCACAAAAGACGAUUAUACAAAUAUCAACCGUACAAUCUCUCGCAAACUCUACGACCAUGUUGAGGAAGGGGUAGAGCUGCAAGCAGAACAACUACGAAAACUCAAAGACAGCGCACAUAAGGCUGUCAAAGAAGCAGUUGACUUGCUUCGAGACAAGCCGUCAACUACCGAUGAAAAGUCAGAACCCGGGGAUGUACUAAUAGAGACGUGA